UCCAUUGCAACGUUGAAUGGUCACUAAGUGGCCAGUCAUAAGUUGAAGAAAAUCAAGUUUACUGUCCAUUAUUUGGUUUGCAUUUUUCUUCAGUGUUUUUAUCAAUUUUAGUCUUGAAUUGGAUUGACAGCGGAAAGAGGUCAGACACAACAUAACUGCACACAAUUUGCAAUUACAAGUACAAGUUCAUGAUGUGAUCAUAGUGUUGGUUUAAAUAGCUUCAAAAGGAAUUGGAUCAAUAAACAAGAAAGGAGAUAUCUAUUUGUGGCUGUUAGCAGUGAUGAAUAAUUGGAAUUGAAUAAUUGGAAUAUCCUAGUUCAAAGUAUGUCUGUCUGACAAAUAAUGGAGGGCCAGUGCAAUAAAAGGAACUUCGGAUUAGCAUAUCUAAUGGGUUUAUGUAAGAAGGAGCAUGUUAUUAUUCUGUUCUGUAAAUUAAUCCAUGUCUGUGUCAAUAGCCUGUUUUGUCAAAUGUUAAGUUUGGUAUGUUUUCAGCCAGCUGUAAAUAAACACUUGAUUGAUAAACCUGAAACCUUAAUCUAACCAUGUCUACUUCUGCAAGAAUAUUGAGGUGGGACCUACACUUUACCAUACUGAGGACCUUCAUUGUUGGGUCAAAUUUCCUCGGGACUAUCUUAAAUAGGAGAUGAUUAUUCAGGAUACUAAAGCUUGCAGUACUGAUGAGAUGAUCAGACCUGUUCAACCCUAUUCAAAAUGAGCAGAGGGCUACAGCAAUUCUCUUAAAGGAAAAAAGUAUAAUGAUUGCAAUGUUUCUAGUUUGGAUCUUAGGUAAAGGAGAUAAAGAUUAAAUAAUGCAUGGCCUGGAAUAUGGGAUUAAUGAAGCAUUUUUGCCUACAUUUCAUAUUAAGAUCAUCCACUAAAUUGAAUGGUAGAUUUGGGACUCCUAACAGGAUCUAUUUCUCUGCACAAAAUAGAAUUAAACUGUAGAACCCUCUGCCAUAUUGCCAAAGGGUAUCAAUUUAAAUGACUAGACAAAUUAAUCCAGCAGGGUGGUCUGUAUGGCAAUUAGUUUUGAUAGCUGCUUCUUGGCAAGCUGCAUUCCUUGAAUACCAACUGCCAGGGAGCAACAGUGGGAGAGGGCUGUUACAUCUGGCUGGCCUUUAGGUGACCCCAAAUGCUGGAGGCCCAAGCUUGAUCAGACAGGACACUUUGUAUGUUUCAGUGCCCAGGGAUCCUUGAAUUUAAAGUUUAGUUUAGCUGCGAUGCAUGCUACAGGAUUUCAGGCCAUUCACAUUCCAACCUUGUGUGGAAGGGCAAAUUCCUCAGCCGAGGAAUAUAACUAAAUUCACAAUGGAAGAUACAAGUUUCUAGUUCUCAUAAAUGAGAAGGAGAUUCUAGUAUCGAAAGGAAAUCGUGCAGUGGCCACAUCCCCUCCUCCCAAGGAGCCUCAUGCUUUUAAGCCUUUCCGUUGAUGCGAGUCGAAAUUAACCCUUCUUUCAAAUUGCCCGUUUUGGAAAGCGCCACCGCGCAUUCUCCCCCUCUGCUGGGAGAGAGGGGCCACACGAAAGAAAGGAGGGAGAUUGAGCUUUGCAAAGAUCGGAAGGGGGCGCUGCAGAAUCCCUCCGGCUGCAAGACGGGCGGACCUCGGAGACGGCGGUGGCGGCGAAGAGAAACCGGUGGGCCGCUGGCCGGUAGUUUCCCAUUGACUGGGAGUGAGUUGGCCGGGGCGCGAUGUCCGAUCUGAGCUGCUGGGAAACUUUGGCGGGUACCCUCUUCCGGCGCUCCAAGAGCUGUCGAAGCAGCAACAGGAAGAGCCUAGUGGUUGGGACUCCUUCGCCUACCCUCUCACGUCCUUUGUCACCCCUCUCUGUGCCAACAGCCAGUAGCAGUCCAGUUGAUAGUCCUCGUAACUUCUCCACUGGUGCCUCUGCCAGCUUUCCAUUUGCUCGCAGCCAUGUUCCUCGAACUGACAGGGCUGAUGGCCGAAGGUGGUCCCUGGCGUCAUUGCCCUCAUCCGGCUAUGGGACCAACACCCCCAGCUCUACUGUUUCAUCAUCGUCUUCCUCCUCUCAGGAGCGUCUCCACCAACUGCCCUACCAACCUACGCCUGACGAAUUGCACUUCCUUUCAAAGCACUUCCGCAGCACUGAAAGCGUUCCAGGAGAAGACGGGCGCCACUCGCCAUAUUUUCGUCCUCGGUCCCGCAGCUUGAGCCCUGGGCGGACAACUGGAACCUUUGACAAUGAGGUGGUAAUGAUGAAUCAUGUAUACAAGGAGAGAUUCCCAAAGGCUACUGCCCAGAUGGAAGAGCGCCUGGCAGAGACAAUUGCUGCUUUCUCACCCAGUAGCAUUCUGCCUUUGGCUAAUGGUGUACUGGGAUUCAUCCACCACCAGAUCAUUGAACUGGCCCGUGACUGUCUCAACAAGUCCCAAGGGGCUCUCAUUACCUCCCGCUAUUUCAUUGAACUUCAGGAGAAGCUGGAGAAAAUGCUAAGAGAUGCUCAAGAGCGCUCGGAGAGUGAGGAGCUGCACUUCAUUGAACAGCUGGUCCGCAAAUUACUGAUCAUCAUUUCCCGGCCAGCUCGGCUGCUGGAGUGCUUGGAGUUUGACCCAGAGGAAUUUUAUCACCUCCUGGAGGCUGCUGAAGGUCAUGCGAAAGUGGGACAAGGCAUUAAAACAGACAUUCCACGUUACAUUAUCAGUCAGCUGGGACUCGCCAAAGACCCUCUGGAGGAAAUUGUGCAGUUUGAUCAAGUUGACUGCCCUUCCCCAGCAGGCCCAGAGCAGCAAGAUGAACCUUCUGAGAACCAGUCUUCUACCCAUAUUACUCGGAAGAAGCCCUGUGAAAGUGAUUUUGAAACUAUCAAGUUGAUCAGCAAUGGGGCUUAUGGGGCUGUGUAUCUGGUGCGGCACAAGGAGACUCGCCAACGGUUUGCCAUCAAGAAGAUUAACAAGCAGAACCUGGUGUUACGGAACCAGAUCCAGCAAGUCUUUGUGGAACGCGACAUCCUGACCUUUGCAGAGAACCCUUUUGUGGUCAGCAUGUUCUGCUCCUUUGAAACCAGGUGUCACCUCUGCAUGGUCAUGGAGUACGUGGAAGGCGGGGACUGUGCCACACUGCUGAAGAACAUGGGACCUUUGCCUGUGGACAUGGCCCGGAUGUAUUUUGCUGAGACAGUCCUUGCCCUUGAGUACCUUCACAAUUACGGCAUUGUUCACCGGGAUCUCAAACCAGACAACUUGCUCAUCACAUCUAUGGGACACAUCAAGCUGACUGACUUUGGCUUGUCCAAGAUUGGCUUGAUGAACAUGACCACAAAUCUCUAUGAGGGCCACAUUGAGAAGGACACACGAGAGUUUGUAGAUAAACAGGUCUGUGGUACUCCUGAGUAUAUUGCUCCAGAAGUCAUCCUGAUCCAAGGCUAUGGCAAGCCAGUAGACUGGUGGGCCAUGGGUAUCAUACUCUACGAAUUCCUGGUCGGCUGCGUCCCAUUCUUCGGUGACACCCCAGAGGAACUCUUUGGGCAAGUGAUAAGUGACGAAAUCAUUUGGCCCGAGGGGGAUGAAGCUCUUCCUGCUGACGCCCAAGAUUUGAUCACACAACUCCUGCGUCACUGCCCACUGGAGCGGCUGGGCACAGGAGGCGCUCAUGAGGUGAAGCACCAUCCCUUUUUCCGCCAUCUGGAUUGGAAUGGCCUGUUGCGGCAGAAAGCUGAGUUUAUCCCCCAACUGGAGGCGGAAGAUGACACCAGUUACUUUGAUACUCGCUCAGAGCGCUAUCGGCAUUUGGGUUCUGAUGAUGAGAAAACCCAGGAUGAGGAAUCCUGUGCGGAGAUUCGUCAGUUUUCUUCCUGCUCCCAUCGUUUCAGCAAGGUUUACAGCAGUUGUGAGUAUCUGGCUCACUCCUCCACCCUCAGUUUCACAUCUUCUGAGCAGGGACAUGGUGAGGACAAAGAAGACAGGGCUGAGAGGGGAGAACACAGCUCUGGAGAUGAGGAGAAGAGCCGGCUAACAAAGACUGAGACCAGGCUUCGUGCCUGGACCUCCUGUGGCUCCACCGUCCAUUCCUUCCGUCAAGAAUUCAGCCGCAGUCCUGGCAUCCUGAGCAGCACCUGCAGCCUAGAAGCAAUGCCCAGGUUUGCCUUGUCCUCUGAGGAUGAGAGCCCCUGCCGGGGGACAGCCAAAAAGGAGCGCCCCAAGUUUGUCGUUGGGGAUUCUGAGAUGGCAGCACCAAGGACACCCAGCAAGGGCUCAGCACUGGCAGCUGACCUGGCCAGUUUGAACUGUGUCCGUCUCAGGAGCAACAGCACAGGUACUAAGAGGUCUACCUCAAGAGGUUUGGAUCGCGAGGGCAGUUAUCGAAGGCUCCCCCACAAGGAUUCUGCAGGGAAGCAGCCAGCAUCUUCCAGUGGCAGAGUGCCAAAGUCAGCUUCGGUUUCCGCAUUAUCACUUAUCAUCAAUUCAGAUGACUUCAGUGGGGCUGUUCUCAGGAGCCCCAUCUCACCCCGCUCCCUCUCUUCCAAUCCUUCAUCUCGUGAUUCUUCCCCAAGUCGGGACUCCAUGCUUGGUGGCACCAGUCUGCGACCUCCCAUUGUCAUCUACAGCUCGGAGAAGAAGUAUGGCUUCUCCCUGAGGGCCAUCCGUGUCUACAUGGGUGACAGCGAUGUUUACACUGUGCACCACAUGGUUUGGAAUGUAGAGGAUGGGAGCCCAGCUCAUGAUGCAGGACUCCGAGCGGGAGAUCUCAUCACUCAUGUGAACGGGGAGUCGGUCCUGGGCUUGGUUCACAUGGAUGUCGUAGAGCUGUUGUUGAAGAGUGGAAACAAGGUGUCACUGAGAACAACUGCCCUUGAGAACACUAGCAUCAGAGUGGGCCCUGCUCGCAAGAAUAGUUCCAAGACACGGAUGGCCCGCCGGUGUAAGAAGAGUCGCAAACGGGACAGCCAGGACAGACGGAAAUCCCUAUUCAAGAAGAUCUCAAAGCAAACAUCCGUUCUGCACACCAGCCGCAGCUUUUCCUCUGGUCUCCAUCACUCUCUCUCGUCCAGUGAGAGCCUUCCCGGAUCCCCAACGCACAGCUCAUCCCCAGGAUCUACCGCUUCUUGCCGCAGCCCUGUCCCAGAUUUUGUGCCAGAUUCUAUCUCGCCCCAGAGUCCCUCCCCAUCCUCCAGCACCCCCACUUCUCCAGCAGGACAGAUCCGACCAAGUUCCCUACAUGGCUUGGCAUCAAAGGUCAACAGUCAUCGCUACAAGGUUGGGCGCCGCAAGUCAACAAGCAGCAUCCCACCCUCCCCAUUGGCCUGCACUCCUUCCGCCGUCCCCCAACCUCCCUCCCCCCAAAGAUCCCCUUCACCACUUCCAUUGUUUACAAAAAACGUCCAGACAUUCCAAGGCAAGACCUUGUCUCCGCCUACAAUGGUCCGUCAAGUGUCCCGGCCUCGCAGUGCAGACAGCUCCCGUUCCCCACUUCUCAAACGAGUCCAGUCAACAGAGAAAAUCCCUACUUGUCUUGCUGAAAAAGUGGUUGGCAGUCGAAAGCUCAUGCUGGAGACACCGAUCUUGGGAAACGGAGGUGCCAGGGAGAGUGGCAUGGUCACCCUGGGAGAUGCUGGCAUUUCUCGAGUUCGGGACUGGUCUGAGGAACGUUAUGAUCGAGACCAUGAAGUGGUGGUGAUGCGGCGGCUGAACUUGUCUGAGCGCCGGGACUCUUUCAAGAAGCAGGAAGCAGUUCAGGAGGUGAGCUUUGAUGAGCCAGAACUUGCAUCCAGUGGCGAGGCCCAAGCAGAGAGUAAACCUGGAGACUGGCAGCAUGGAUCUCAUGCAGCUUCCUGGGUGGAGGACAGGUCUUGCUGCUCAUCUGCCCCUGAUCCCCAGCUGCCCCUCGUGCCCCACAUUGCAGUGCAAGGUGACGAGCCAGCAGGAAUCACAGCCACGUGGGAAUGCCAAGGAUCAUAUCCUGUGCAGCUGGAGGCCCGGGUUUACACUGAGCAAGACGAUGGGACAAUGGCUGUUGAGUACAAGAGUGUCUCCUCCCAGCACUGGGGAAAUUGGGAACAGAGGGAGUCUUCACCCACUGUUGGAGUCACACACAGGACAACCCAUGGGGAGAAGGCAGUGAACUCACCUUCACCCUCCCUGAAGUGGCAAUUGCAGGAGAAUUCGGAAAAAUGACUGGAAGACCUGUUAAAACCACUUGUCCCUAGCGGACCAAAGGGGGUGCUUCAAAGAAAGUAAGCCAAUGCCAAGGACUGAGAACUUUGGGAUCCCAUUUUCAUUCUGCUGGUGGGGUCUUUCCUAGCUGUUUACCACUUCCUCCUCCUUCCUGGGAGGUACUCUGUGUUCCUCCUCACAGGGCAGGGUCAGUGGUGAUUCAGGCUGGAGAUAAAGGCAAUGCUGCUUUUCUACUAAUUAGAAAAAAGUUCCCAUUUCAGUCAGAUUUGGGGCUAACAGAUUUGGUUCCGUUGGGUGCCCUAAAACUAAGAAUUAAGCUUUCCCAUCCGUGCACCGGUUAUCCUUCUGGAGAGUGAAUACUCCACAAUUAAUAAUUUUUCCCACUGUCCCCUUGGCUACUGCUGAUUGUGAGAAUAAAUGAAAUAGCAAGGGAUAUGAAAUAUCUUUGCUGCCUUGUACAAGUAGCGAGGGGCACAGUCUGCUCAUUUCAGGGGGUCUUUUCUCUUGCAUUGAAACUGGUGAAAGGAGAAAUGCUAGCAAUGGUUAAAAAACUCCAAAUCCCAAACCUGUGACAUCUGUAAACAUUGCAGUGCCAGUGUAUGCCGUUGAUACCCUAAACACAGGGGUAGGCAACCUUGGCUCAUUUAUGACUCGUGGACUUCAACUCCCAGAAUUCCUGAGCCAGCAUGGCUCAGCUUGGAAACCUCUCCCUUUCCCCUCAGCAUGGCUGGCUCAGGAAUUCUGGGAGUUGAAGUCCACGAGUCAUAAAAGAACCAAGGUUGCCUACCCCUGCCCUAACCUAACGCCAGCUCUUGUCUUGCAACUGUUUGAUCAAGAAUUGAGGAGAAAAGCCAAGGGGGUAAACAAGAAAAGAAAAUCAGCGUGGUCCCGAUCAGUUUAUAUCCAGAAACUUUCAUUGGAGAAAUUCAGAAAUCUUUGAUUCCAUUUGCAUUAUCUUUUCUAUAUGUGACCUUGAGAUUUGCUUUUGGGGGACAGUUGUGGGGGUUUCCAUUUGGUUGUAUGAUAGUUACUGUGAAAGAAUAAGGUGGGGUUCCUCAUACUGCACCAUUUCUAGAUCUACUGCAAACCGCCCCCCCCCCCAAAAAAAUAGGGGAAUGAGAGAGCAUCUUCUCCUUCUUUACAUCCCCUCUGCAGCAAAUGGAAACUUCUUGGGGAGAUGUCCUCAAAAAGGCUUUGAAGGUGUCUCUGUCUUUGAACAUGAGUCAGACACAUCAACACGCUUUCCAAAUGAUGCACUCAUUCUCGGGAGAUCACAGCCGAAUGCAGGCACAGGUUCACAUUCAGCAAAAUACAGGAAAUCCUCAACUUAGGACUGGACGUGUAACAACAGUUCAAAGUUAUGAUGGACUCAAAAAAGCUACCAGCUGUCCUCAAAGUUAUGACUGCCACCCCUGCAGUCAUGCAAGUGCAGUUUGGGUGCUUGGCAACUGGCUUCCGUUUACAACCAGUUGCAGUAUCCUGUGGUCACAUGAUCACAGUUUAUGACAUUUUUUGCCAUUUUCCAGCUGGAUUCAGAUUUAUGAUCACAUGAUUUGCUUAAUGACUACAGUGUUUCACUUAACAGCCAUCAUAAAAAUGGUCAUAAAAUCCAGUCUAGUCACACGGUGAGUUGACUUACGACCGCAACAAUUUAUAACCAAAAUUCCAGGCUCAAUUAUGGUCAUAAGUUGAGGAUUAGUCAGUUCUUAUUGGCAUUUCCAGUGAAGGAUCUUAAGUAUCAGGGUAAGAAAUACUUUUCUUUCUGCGUGAGACUUUGCCAGCAUUGAUAGAUUCAGCUUAGAUGGUUCAAAGGUUUGAUCUGGUAUAGGACAACUCUUAAUUGGCCAUUUCAUGUCCUAUUUUGUCCUGGCUGCUUCUCUCAAAGUUCCUAAUAGUAUCUGGGAAGUUGCAGUUGCAACAGAUCCACAGAGUGCCAAGUUGGAGCAGGCUGUCCUUUUUACUCAGAAACAGCUAUCCAGCAUUAUUUUUAAAGUUUAAUCUGGAUGUAAGGAUGGGUCCCUGCCAGAUGAAUGUGGCUUAAGGCAGUUGGGUGAGAGUCAGAAGGAAGAUGUUUCUGAAAGUGUGUAUCCAGCUCUGCAUUCUCUCUUUCUAACAUGAAUGCAGGUAAUCCUUGACUUAUGGCCCCAAUUGGACAGGAAUUUCAAAUGUAAACCAUCAUGGUCAUAAGUAGAAGUAAACCCAGUUUUAUGAUAAUUUUUCUGUUGGGUCAUGUAGCGAAUUAGACAGUCGUUAAACAAAUCCAUCUCCCCAAUGGGUGUUUUUUGGCUGGAAUUUGGUUAAAAAAAAAAAAA